UAGAAAGCUCAAACCAAUAAUUAAUUUGAUUGAGAUACAAAUCACAUCAUCAUCAUCAUCAUGUCUAAUAAUGCAUUCUCCUCUGCUCUAUCAAAUGAGCAGAAAUCUGAACUCCCUAAUCCCUUUGAACUUCAAGAUUAUGAGAUCGUUCACAAAGUUUAUCUCACUCACUUCAAUGAUGAUGAAAGUUACGAUAAGACAAUCCUUAUCGAGCUUGUCUCCAACAUCAUCUCUGCCUCAUCUCAAAUUUCUGCAACUAAUUCUAAUUCUGUUCUUAACACACAGGUUUUUUCCAAACCAGACUUCCCUGACCUGAAGAGGAUCUCAUGCCAGAUGAUAACGACACGUGGCACUCCAGAAUGUGUACACCUGACAACAAUGUGGAUUCUUCAACGUUUGAAAGGGUUCUCAUGGGAUGCAAAAGCACUUAUAACACUAGCUGCUUUCUGUUUGGAGUAUGGUGAAUAUUGGCACCUUUAUAGGCUUCAAUCAUCAGAAACAACAAUUGGAAACUCAUUGAAGCAAUUGAACCAAGUUGUAUCCAGAACAGUCUCAUAUGAUAUAACUGAUUUAGCCACAUUCUUAUUGGAAGUGCUUCGGGACAUUAUAAAGUGGUCAGCAUUGUCUGCUUUGGAUUAUAAUUUAGACGAAGUUCCUUCUCUGUCAGAAGCUCUGCAUGAAAUUCCUCUUGUUGUCUAUUGGACGCUUGCUACCAUUGUUGCUUCUACUGGCAACCUCGUCGGUAUAUCGGAGCAUACAUUAUCUGUUUAUAAAAAGAAGCUUACUGAAGUUUCUAAGAGCUUGAAGGAUCAUUUGGAAAAUUCUCAAGUGGAAAUUGAUGGGAUGAAUGCUAGUGGAGGGAUUUUGGCAAAGUAUGACAAGAUUAAAGAUGUUGUAGGUUUCUUGAGGCUUGUGACCGAAGAAGGCAAGGGAUCUGAUCAAAUACCAUCAAUAUUUAUAGACAAGAGCAAAGUUAAAUCGGGUAUUGAAGUCUUCAAGAAUAACUAUGUGUUGCUAUUCAUUUCUAGCCUAGACAGCAUUGGAGAUGAGAUUUCGCUAUUAAAUUCAAUCUACAAAAGAUUACAAGACAACCAAGAACCAAAGAUAAACGAUUUCAAGAAAGAGGAUUUCAAGAAAGAGGAUUUCAAGAUUUUGUGGAUCCCUAUUGUGGAUAUUUGGGAUGAAAAGUCCAAGGAACAGUUUAGGAAGUAUAAGGAAAGCAUAAAAUGGCAUGUGUUGGAAUAUUUCUCAGAGCUACCAGGGAAGAUAAUAAUAAAGGAGAGAUUGAAUUAUUCGGGUGACCCUAUUGUAUCAGUGAUUGAUCCUCAAGGUCAGGUGAUGAAUGAGAAUGCAAUGCACAUUAUUUUUGAAUGGGGAUUUGAUGCUUUUCCUUUUAGGAAAACGGAUGGUGCUGAUAUCCGUAAGAGAUGGAAGUGGUUUUGGAAUUUAAUGAGGAAAGUAGAUUACGACAUAGAGGAGAAGAAUAACAAGGACCGUUACAUAUUCAUCUACGGAGGCGACGACACAAAAUGGAUUCAGAAUUUCACAAAAGCAAUAGGAAGCAUUAAAAAAAAACAAAACAUAGGAGACAUUGAUUUCACCAUUGAGUACUACCAAAUAGGAAAAGAAGACCCAGCAAAAAUCCCAUACUUCUGGAUGGGUAUAGAUGGAAGAAAACAGAACAAAGCAUGCCAAGGCAAAAUAGACUGCGAAAUACAAAACGCAGUUAAAAUGUUACUUUGUCUCAGACGAGAUCCAUCAGGAUGGGUUCUUCUAAGUAAAGGGCAACAUGUUACACUUACGGGUCAUGGUGAACCUAUGUAUCAAACUGUUGCUGAUUUUGACAAGUGGAAAAAUAAUGUGGCUGACAAAGAAAGCUUUGAUGUAGCUUUCAAAGAAUAUUAUCAUAUUAAGCUUAAAGAGAUAUCUUCACGUGUUUCCUGUGCUUAUAAUUCUUCAAAUGUUUUGGCUACUAUAAGUUGUCCUAAUCCAAGUUGUGGACGUGUCAUGGAAGUUUCCUCUGUUAAUUACAUGUGUUGCCAUCGUGAUGAUCCAAAAAGUUGCUGCAAUUGAUUUGCUUUCAUUAAGGAUGAAGGAGGAUUUAUGUUCUUAACUUUCAUUAAUAUGUAUGUGUGUGUUGUUGGUCAAGACGAAUUUUCGUUGUGUGCUAUAGCCACUUUUGUUCCCCUUUCUUGAAUGGGUUGAACCUCAAUAAUGGCUUUAUAUAAUUCGUCUCUAUGUUAGUUACUCAAUCUUGUUUUCAUUGAAUAAAAUUCAUUAUGCUUACUUUAA